CCCCUGUAUCUAUCCCCAAAUCGGUUUCAUCACAUAGGAGAGACGACGGUAAGAUGAUGGAUCCCGGAGCCGGUCCCACCACAACUAUUCCCAACACCGAGGGUCUACCGUCAGUCACUCCGCUGCAGGAAACGGAGACACCUGCUGCCGCCGUGCAACGGUGGGCUUUUCUGGUGUCACAACGCUACCAACAUUUUCUCGACAAGUCAACGCCGUUCUUGCUCUACCGGUGGAUCAUUUUCUGUGCCAUCGCGAUCAUCUACGCUAUUCGUGUGUUCUUCGUGCAAGGGUUUUAUGUGGUCUCGUACGCUCUCGGGAUAUACAUCCUUAAUCUCCUCAUAGGGUUUCUGUCUCCUCAGGUUGAUCCGGAAUUCCAAGACCUUUCCGAUGGCCCCACCCUUCCUUCUCGGAGCUCCGAUGAGUUCCGCCCUUUUGUUCGUCGUCUUCCCGAGUUUAAGUUUUGGUACUCGAUAACAAAAGCCUUCUGCAUCGCUUUUGUCUUGACAUUUUUCACCAUAUUCGACGUGCCUGUUUUUUGGCCUAUACUCCUUUUUUACUGGGUCAUCUUAUUUGCUCUCACCAUGAAGAAGCAGAUACUGCAUAUGGUCAAAUACAAAUACGUCCCAUUUUCCUUCGGAAAACAGAGGUACAACGGAAAAAGGGCAUCAUCAACCGAGAGUGCAAGUCUUCUUCCCAGAGACUAAAAGAUUGAACUAUUUCAUACUUUCAUUUCCUGUACUAUCCCUUGACACACAUCUUAGUAGGGAAAGAAGUUAGCCGUAACUUUAAUGUUUUGUUCGAUCAUCUUCAUUUCGUACAGGUUUUUCGUUAGCCGUAACAUCAUAGACGAAUGAAGCUUUAGGUUUUUUUAAAGAGCUUUCGAUUUAGUUUCAUCAAAUAUUAUCUUAUUGUGGUCCCUUUUGGCAAAU